CUUCGAUAAUAUGGACGGUCUUCUCACGGAAGUCAAGACGGCUACCCACGGCCAGCAGUCACCCCUGACAAGCGCUACGGAGACAUCGCGUCGCCUUGACGUGGGGACAGGCGAACUCAGCCAUGCGGCGGAGCCCGACACAGAUCCUACAUCGUCAGAGUACAUCCUAGCGACUCUGCGGGCCAAGCCAGACCAAAGCGAUCUUUCUGCAAUUCUUACCACCAUAGACCCAUCGAAUCAAAGAUCGACACCGAAAGACUUCGACAUCAGGCUCCCCAGUCCAACAACAGCCCAGAUUCUCAAUGUCUUAGUCAGCACCACGAUUCCUGAUCACUGGGAAGCUCUCAAUGGAGCAUCCAAAGGAUCGAAGAGCAAAGAUGCCAAGCUUCGAGCAGCCGUGUUGAGAUGUCUGAGCAGUGUUGCAGGUAUCAGCGGCUUAGUGACGAGCCUCCGUUCGCUCAUUGCUGCCAGUCGUGCGUCAUCCCAGCAAACAGGCGGAUCGGCAUCGCAAGUUCAGAUCCAGAUCAUUCUGAGCGUUUUGUCCGCGCUGUUCGAACCAAAGGACUUUAUAUUGCGACUGUAUGCGGAUAUUGAAACCCUUUAUGAUAGCCCAACUCGAAAGCAAGUAGUGUGGCGUGAGCUACUCUCUUUGCUUGCUGCUGGUCGAGUCCUCUCGAUAGCGGCGGAAGCGCUCACCUUGGUUGGGGACAGUCCCGAUCUUAAGAAGAUCUCCUGGAUUGGGACAGGAUCUCGCUAUGCUUCGUGGCUAGGGGUUAAUGUCUGUUACAUGACUUCGAAGACUGAUGUUGCUAGCGAGGACGCGUGGAAGGCUAUGGCCUCUUUGGCUGGACGGGCGUUGAGCCUGGGCUACACUGAUAACGUAGUGGACGAAAUAUACUCGGGGCUUCUCAUUGAGCAGGAUCUCCCAGCGCAGUAUGGCUCGCUUUUCGACCAUCUUCGAUCCACAGAACAAAUUGCAGUCCUGGAAGCUACCUUUCGCUGCGUCGAAAAGAAGUAUAUACCCGACAGACUGUCGUCGGAUGAGCAGGACAGCACACCGUCUAAACUAGUCGGAGAUAUUGCAGCAUUGUGUUCCGUCCUUAUACACAACCGAGCUCAUCUACAGUCUCAACUUACAGAGUGGCUUUCCAAGGGUCAGGGAGGGUCUAUACGCACUUUUGGACUGCGUCGAGCAUUGCUGGCCAAUAUGGUAGACAAACCAGAAUCGUUACAAACUUUACUCAUCAAAAGCCUUGAACAAUCCGGUGACAAGUUCUAUAUCAAGCAGGCCCCCAUGAUGAACCAAGAAGCAAACACACAAAUCAUUCUACUAGCAGCUGGACAUCUCCAGCGGGUUGAACCACUGAUGGUCAUGGCAGCUGGUCGCUCAGGCGCUUUCCUCAAUGCCGUUUCCAACCGUCUAGCUGCCUCUUCGACCCGUGCUCGAUUCCUAGGCAUGAUAAUCGGCACUGCCAUCUCAAAGCUCAUCGAGCCCGCGGGCAAAGGGAUGAGAUUUGACUUGGAAGAGAUGGAAAGUGAGGAAGCUACGUGGUAUCUCUCUUUACCUGAGAUUGUGGACACCAUCGGUUCAGUCGAAUCUUUGAAAUCUGAAAAGCACGCAUUCAAGUCGCAACAUAAACCGGUCGAGAGACUGUCUUCCCCGUCGAUGCCUAAACCCGGACAGAAUGCCGACUCGGGACGCACCAAGAUCAUAUCGAUAGAAGAGAUUGAGUCGGAUGGCGAGAGCGAAGAUGAAGAUGACGAUCUACUCCCGUACGAAAAACCGGAUGAAGAUCCUUCAGACUCAGAUGAGGACCCGACAUUGGUACAACGGAACAAACCAACUGCGCCAGUUUACAUCCGAGACCUCAUCACCUACCUCCGCGACACCGAAAACAUCGAACGCCACAACCUAGCAGUAACGACAGCGCCCUCCCUAAUCCGGCGCAAGACCAACUUCGGCACAGAGCUCGCAGAAAACACCGAAGAACUAGCCCUACUCCUAAUCGGCCUCCAAGAGCAAAGCAAGCACACCAAUUUCCACGAACGCCGCCUCCAAAGCAUGAUCGCCCUGAUCGUCUCGCAACCGCUGAAAAUGGGCCGCUGGUUCUCCGCCAUCCUCUUCGACGGCGACCUCUCCCAAGUCCAACGCUCCGCAGUCCUCACAGCCCUGGGUCUCGCAGUGCGAGAACUAGCUGGAAACGGCGAGCAAGACGCUCGCAUGCUGGGCCUGCCUACACUCCCCGACACGUCGUUUCCCUCCAAAAAGCUGCCCGCUAGUGUGGAAGCCUGGUACGGGAGCGAUAAAUCGCCCAUCGACAGCCUCACGCAGAAGAUCUCGCAGACCUCGCUCCAGCCACUCGCUGCGCACGCAGCGGACGCCAUGUCCGGGCCAAACGCGCUCAAGGUGCGCACGUUCUCGAGCAAAAUGGAGGUCGACAAGAGACGCCAGCAGCGCGAGGAGCAGCGACAGAAAGCUACCGUUAAGGAUCUGUAUAAGGUCCUCGCGGAGGGGUUCUUCUACCCACUCAAGGGCCGGUUCGAGAUUAUGCUCGUGCAAUUCUCCUCCUCAACCGCCCCCAGCUACAACCCUCUCUUCACACCCCACAUCCUAACCCUCUACCUCCAAACGCUCACCCUAACACUCUCAACAAUGGGCCCACACACCCCCUACCUACAAGCCCUCACAAACGACACCCUCUCACUUCUCCUCUCGCUCCACACCCGUCCCAUCGUCGACGACCCAUCCAUCCUCUCCGCAUUACUGGCACUCUUCCUCGCCAUCACGGACCUGAACAUCGCGGCCGGCUCCACCGGCGAAGAGAGACUGGUUACGGAGUUUGCGACGCAGGUGGUUGAGUUGCGGGACUGGGCGGGGCAGAUUUUUGAGAGGAUGCCUGCUGGUGGGGUGGGGGGUGAUGAGGCAAGGGAUAGGCUUGGGGAGGUUAUGGAGAGGUAUCAGGGGCGGUUGAUGGGGGUCAAUUCGGGGUUUAGAUAUUGA